AUGGAAUUUAAGGACAGAAUUGUGAAGGAAAGGUAAAAAUUAAUAGCACAAUCCUGUCAUUUUUAAACUAACAGAGCACUCAGAAGCGCAAAACUGGAUAAAAAUGACGGAGAAAUACAUUUUUAUGAUUUUUCAGUAAACUUUGUAUUUUUAGCUGAAUGAGUGGGGAUUAUAUAGAAAAAUAUUUUACUUCUUAUUUUGAGCUCAAUAAAAAUGAAUUCAGGAAGUUCACAGCGACCGAAGACGUCAACUACAGUACCCACUCGUCGCGCUCGAGUUUUCGCUCCGAGAGCCUGACUUCGAGGGCCGAUGGCCGCAACCGUUCCACCAGCUCUGAGAUCGUUGCUGUGGGUUUUAAGUUCAAAUAAACUUUUCAUCGUAGUUUUCAUGUUAUCUUAUUGUUUAGAAGCAAAUCUUUACAAAAAAUUCGCUUAAAAGUUGAAAAUUUGUGGAUUUUUUCAUUAUUUCGAGCCUAAUAAUCUAUAGAUCAAUGAAAAACAACAGUAUAUUUUUUUUCAAAUCGGCUUUUUAGCCAUCUUUUCAACUGUAUAUCAUGUGUCAUGCCACUCGGCGUAAGCCGCCCCGAGUCGGGGCAGCCAAACACGGGGUCUCCAUUUAUUAAGCCUUCAAUAUCAACUCUGGUUCCUUUGCAUUUGACCGAGAAAAUCUUUCGCCUUUUACUAAAGAUUUCCGUGCAAAGGGGCGACUUUAUGAGUAUCGCCCAAUUUUUGGAAUCCCCUCGAGAGAGCGGGACAAAAAUAAGUGUACAAAAAGUGAUCGUAUUAUACAAGUCAAUUCAUUUCGUUUUGAAAAUUUUUCACAUUUUUUGGUGCGAAUCUGAAUUUGGUCGCAUGUAGAAUGGGUCUGGCGUGAGUCGUUUCGAGGUCGGCUGCAUCUUUGAAGUGGCCGCUUCGCAACCGCAACGCGUUAAGACAUUCUCCGUGCGGCCAAAAUUUAUUAAGCCGUUGCCAAGAAGCUCCAAGAGUCGCGAAAUUCGGGAAACUUCACUAGAAUCUUCGAAAAACUUCCUAGGAUCAUUUACAAUCGUUUACGAUUGACUUACAAAAAAUAUAUAAGUAAAAAAUUGAAAAGAGAAUGUUUUUUUCAAUGAGAUGGAAGAGCUAGAAAAUCAGAGUUAAAAAAAAUUUAAGUGAAAAAUUCCUUUUUUGGGUGAACUUAUGAUUUUCCAGGGAUCGGACACGCGCUCCUACCCGGUUUACAUUGCGAUCCAAGACUACGUGCCGGAUAAGGAGGACGUCGAGGGAAUCCCCUUGGAACAGGGCCAAAUUGUCGAGGUUUCUUCAUCUUUUCUAGUGUAAUUAAGAUCAUGAUUGUCUGGGAAAACUCUCAGUGGCCACUAUAGAGGCUCGCCAAAGACUACUUGGAGAGGAGUGGCCACUAAACCCACCUUUACAGUAGCCACUAUUUUCCGUUUUAGUGGCCACUUCAGUAAUUUCUCAUCCAGUAUUCCUCCCAGUAACUCUGAUAACUUUGAACAAGACAGAUUGGACCAGUUAUGUUGAUCCAUUGACCCCUAAAGUGGCCACUGAAAUUUUUCUUGGUCUGGUAGUAGCACUUAGACCUCAAUAGUGGCCACUAAUGUUUAACCCCUUAAGUGGCCACUAAUUUGACUACUACAGUGGUCACUAAACUUCAAAACCCUAUAGUGGCCACUAAAAAUUUUCCCAGAUGUUUCUAUUUUCAUUCGGAAGCUUCCUUUUUUCAGGUGCUCGACAAGAAAAACUCGGUCCGAUGGCUUGUAAGAACCAAGGUAUGUUGAUUGAUUAUUCAUCUUGUCCAUUUUUUCAAAUUUAUUGGUGUAAAGUUCAAAUGAAUCUGGCCGCAUGUAGAAUGGCUUUGGCGUAAGUCGUUUUGAGGUCGGGUGCAUCUUUGAAAUGACCGCUUCGCAGCCGCGACGCGUUGAGACAUUCUCCGUGCGGCCAAAGAAGCUCCAAGAUUCAUUAGGAUCAUUUACGAUCAUUUACGAUUUAUUUACGACCAAGACAUUUUUUGGAAAUCGUUCAGAAUAAUUUUUGAUGUACCAGGUGAGAAUCUUGAAAGUCUUAAAAAAAUAAAAAAUUUCUUUCAAAGUCGAAAAAAUCGUUGGAAUCUUGUAAGUAAGCCAUUCCCAGAUUUUUCUACCUUUUUUGACGAGAGAUUCCAGAUUCAGACUUUCCGGACCUUCUUCUAGUACUUCUAAAAGUGUUAUGGGUCAAUUAAAUAGCAAAAUGACAUGCAAAUAACUCAUUAAAAUGAACCAUCCGAACUUUAAAGGCGCGUCCUCCCAAGUCUGGCUGGGUGCCAGGAUCGUACUUCGAGACCCCCACGGAAUACUACAAACAGCGACGUCGAACCCGCGAAAUCGACGCCGGGAACCUGACCGAAGAACAGGCGGCCGUCGUCAAGCGAGAGUUCGUUUUGGAUUUUUUUUAAAUUUUUUUAUAGAACCGAGAAAGUCUGAUCCUUCUUUUCAACUGACUAGGGUAAUGACUGUGAUUUCAAAUUCUUCUUCUUGCUAGGCUUAACCGCGUUGAACUAGGAUUUUCAAGCUUUUUCUGAAUUCAGGAGGUCCCAUAUUUCACUUUAGCAAAGUUUCAUUAAAAAUUUCGGCGGGGGGGGUUAAAAAGUGAGGAUAGUUAUAAGUGGUAUAGUCUAUCCGCCGCGGCUAGAAUGAUUUCGAGUGUCUGCGUCUCUCUAUUCCUUCACCGGCGAGGUCAGAGAAACAUGAAAAUAGUGCAUCAACAUGAGAGGGUUGGCUAGAGACGAAGAGGGCGCAGAGAAGUCUCAUCCUUCUAAAGUUGUGAAAAAUGAACUAUAAAGCAGCAGAAAGACGCGGUCUCAAAAAGCUAGAAGAAUAUUCUGUGUUUCAAAAGUUUGACUGAGAAAAAAAGAGAAAAAGCCGUGGUAUAGUCUGUUUACCUAGACUAGAAAGGACGGAACUUGUCUGCGCCCUCCUCGUCUCUCGGCGACCCUCUCAUGUUGACAUGCUAUUUCCAUAUUUCUCUGACCUUGUCGGGAAGGGAACAGAGAGACGCAGACACGCGAAAACUGUCAAGUCGCGGCGGAUGGACUAUAAAAAUGGUCUCAAAAAUCUAGCCGCUUCGCAAAAAAAUAUACGUGUGCAAGCACGGCUCAAAUAUACUGGUAAAAAUUUUAGAAAAAUCAAUUUUCAACCCUCGGAGGUUGAUUUGAAAAAAAUAAAAAAAUAUUUUUUUACAUCGGGAGCUAGAAAAAAACAGCCAAGUUUUUUUGCGCAUAUUUUCUCAAUUUUAACCAAACUUUAUCUUCUGAACUCAUAAUUUCUUCACAAUCAUCAAAAAAUAUUCGAUAUCGAUUCGAAUCGUCACUAAUAUCCUCUCAAGUCCUCCGAAAAAUCGUUGCAAAACGCCGAGAAAUCAAUAAAACUGGAGCAAUUGUCGACUCGGCGGCUUUUUUUUCUUGUCUUGAAGAGGAUUUUUUUUCUCGCUUUUUGAGCCGCCGCUGGAGCCUGUCUUCACUGAGAUAAAUGGAUUUUCGGAGGGGUUUUGAAUGGAAUGAAAUUAUGAGGGAAAGGGAGAGUUUUUAAUACGGUUUUGAAAGAAAAAAAUGGGGGAUUUUCAAGAAGCGAAAGCACUGCAAAAAUAUGUAUAUUUUUUUAAUUAAGGAAAAUGUGAGAAAAUUUGAAGUUGAUGCUCAAAAAGUGCUCCGUUUUCGACCGAAAAAAAUUCUAAUUUUUAUGAAUUUCGAGCACUUUUUAAGCUCAUAAAGCAUUUUUUUAAAGAGCUAGUUUGAAAUUUUUUUACACUUUCCUUAAUAAUAAUCGAUCAGAAAUUCGUUAAUUUUGAGCCGAAAAUUUACAAUUUUCAUGUGUAAAAUCAAUUUUAACGGUUUUGAAGUCCGACAUGUGUUCGAGAGGAUCUUUUACCAUAACACAAGGCAUUUUAUAUGAUUUCCGCAAGAAAAGAAGUUAAUAUUUUAUGGGAUUUGUUCGGAAGGGGACGACAGAUGUUGGGAGGAAUUUUCUUAAAGUUUGAGGGGUUUUUGGGUCUUGAAAAUGAUUUUUUUCGUUGGUGAUUUUAUCUUAAAAUAUCACAAUCGUCAGCUUAAUGGGUUCUUAAAAAAGUGAAAAUCAGUAUAAUAUUGGGUUUUUUCAGCCAAGUCUACCAUGAACUUCUUCGCUCCGAGGAAGAAUUCGUCUCGUCUUUGCGCUCCUGUGUCGAUGAUUACAUCAAGGUGGGCUGAUUAAUUGAUUAAUCACCUUGUGAAUGACGUCACAAGCUUGUAAUUGAAGUAAACGCGAGUAAAUGAAGUUCAAAAAUUUAAAAAACGGGAAAACGGGGCUUUUCCUACACAGGAAUAGUUCAUGAAGAUUAAAAUAUGACUAAAUGAUUAAAUUCAUACUUUUCAUUUUUUUAACAGGUCAUGGACGAUCCGGGCGUUCCCGAAACGGUCAAGCAACAUAAGGAAGACCUGGCGAUCAAUAUUCCCGAGCUCUACAAUUUCCAUGCCAAGUUUGUCGUUUUCAUCGGUUUCAUUCACAGUUGGGAAGAGUCUGACGUGUCUGGGCUCUCUUUUCUCUCACUGAUCGAGAAAUUCACCGAAAAUUUCCAUGAGCUUGGGCCAAAUUCAAACCGCAGCGCGACCGCGCCGCGUUGAGCCAUUCCAAAUGCGACCAUAAGGCUCUGAAACCACAUGGGAAUGGCUCAAAAGCGGCUCAUAGUGCACCCGACCUUGAGCGACUUUUGUAGGCUGUAAGAUGCAACUAGGCGCAAGUAGUUUAUGGUCGGUUUGACCUGGCGAUCAAUAUUGAGGAGCUCUACAAUUUCCAUGCCAAGUUUGUCGUUUUCUUCGGUUUCAUUCUUAGUGGGGAAGAUUCUGACAUGUCUGGGCUCUCUUUUCUCUCACUGAUAAAGAAUGCAGACCCAAACUGUUCCAUGUGUCUGAGCCAAGACCGCGACGCGUUGAGCUAUUCCAAAUGCGACCAAAAGGCUUCGAACCUGCGUGGCAAUGACUUGAAGGCAUGGUGGUUGCGCCGCAUUUUUACUGCGCCCGACCUUGAGCGACUUUUGUGCUUCUAGGCUGUAAGAUGCAACUAGGCGCAAGUAGUUUCAGGUCGGUUGAGCUGACCUUCUUUUUUUUCCGAGUUUCGGCCGCAUUUGGAAUGGCUCAGCGCCUUGCAGAUCAUCUUCAAACCAUAAAACCAUGAUCUUUUAGAUAUUUCUGAAAAAAGACCUGCGACACUUAGUCUAGUGGCCGCAUUUGGAAUGGCUCUGCAGAUCACUUUUCCUCAAAAUUUUUUUUAUUUUUCUCAUCAAUUUACAUUUUCCAGUGUCAUGCUGAAAGGCCUGAACUACUACUCGGACGACCCGGGAAAAGUCGGCCAGACGUUUGUCCGCCUGGAACACGAUUUCGAGGCCCAUGUCGAGUUCUACAAGCAUCUGAACACCACGCUGGAACUCUUGGAAAAACCCGACAUCAAGCAGUUUUUCCAGGUAUUAUUUCCCCCUAUUUUCUGUUUUUUUUUUUGAUCAAUUACCUUGUUCCUCUGCUUGGCGGUCAUGAAAAUGCGGACGUUUUGGGGUAUUUGGAAAGUUAGGCCGUAGAGAAUGGCUUAAGAUUGAGAUAUUUGGAAAAUUAGCCUCCUGACUUUUCUUUACUGAUUCCAUAGUCUAAUGUUUAGACAUUUAGCUACUCCAAUGAUUUAUUUGGAAAAGUAGGCCACAGAGAAUGGCUUGCAGUCUGAAUAUUUGGAAAACUAGGUCUCCUGAUUUUUCUGAAGGAAAUCCCAGGCUUUCAGCUUUUUCAGUUAUUAUUUUGGGAAAAUUAGGCCGUGAAAAAUGGCUUGAAGUUUGGUCACUUGGAAAAUUAGGUCUUCUGACUUUUCUCUGCCAAUUGAAUUUCUUGUUAAGACAUUUAGCUUUUUCCAUUGAUUUAUUUGGAAAAAUAGGCCGUAGAAAAUGGCUUGCAGUCUGGGUAUUUGGAAAAUUAGGUCUCCUGGAUUUCUCAAGGAAAGUCGAAGUUUGCAGCUUUUUUUGAGAUUGAUUUGGAAAAUUAGGCCAUGAGAGACCAAUAGAUUAAUAAUUUCGAUAUUUGGGGAACUAGGCCUUCUUAUUUUUUAAAUUCAAAAAUAUAAGAAUGAGGUUUUUUUUUCAUCUAUUGGUCGAAUUUUUAUCGCAAGGUCCAGUUUUUUCCGCAAUUCGCAAAAACUUAAAAAUUAAAAAACGUCCGCAUUUUCGUGAUCGUGUUUCUACUAUCUUCCUGCCCGCAGCGUUUUUGAAUUUGUUUUUGAUUUUUUUGUGACAUUUCUCCGUAUUCACUGCUGAUAUUCUGAUUGAAAAAUUUGAAUUUCGAAGCUUUUUGGACAAUUUUUUUCUGGUUUACAAAAAAAGUUUGGAUUGAGUUCCAUUAUAAAAUGGAAAAAAACGACAAAAGUUCGAAAAAAAUCAUGAAAUUCAUUGAUAUUUGUUUUUCUCUGAUUUUUUUUCUUUUUUUGUUUCCUGCCCGCUGCGCUUUUUUUCUCAUCCUUUUUUUCUCUAUCCACUUCUUUUUCUCGAUUUCUUCACUUCUUCUGUGAUUUCAUCUCAAAUCAGCUUCAUAAAAAUGGCUCGGAAAAAGAUAGGCUGAGACUUCUUUGCUCUAUUGAUAAUUCAAAAAAAAAAAAUAAUAUUUCGGAUCAUUUUUUUCUGAGGCUGUCCUGCCAUUUUCUUUCCUAUUUUUUGAUUGAUUUUUUGAUUUUUUUUUUCUUUUUUUCUUCUCCUGUACAUCAUUAUCAUUCUUUGUUCCGCCUAUUUUCUCUCUUUUUUUGUAUUUUCUGACAUUUAUUUCUUCUCAGACACGCGAAGCGGUCGCGUCGCGUGUCGUGGAGAUUCUUAGGAACUCCAGAGUGGUCCCUAUAGGGUUUUGGAGAAAAAACAACCUCUACAGGGAACAGAAAAGUGCAAACUUCAACGAAUCUCGUUACGGGAGUAUUCCCUAG